CAAGACUUUAUUAAAUUUCAUUUUACCAAAUUCCAGCAUGCAUCCUUAUCCGAUAAUCUUCUCAACCUUGACUCUGACAAACUAAGCUUAAACAAUUCCAAAUCUUGGAAUGGCCUCACAUGUGUUUUUGCACAUGUUGUCAGUCUUUGACCAUUCAUUGAAGUAUGUUUUGUCCGUGAUUGUUAGGAAAGGGGUAGUAACUAUUCUUUUGAAAUUGAUUCACCUCCUGAGUUUAUAAAAGAGACUUGCCUUUGAAGAAGGCGCUCUCAUCUUCUAUGUACUCUAUAUUGGCCUCUGAGGUGGUUUUAUCACUUUUGUCAAUUCAAGAAACUUAGGGCCUGUUUGAUAACAGUUUUAGUUUUCAGUUUUUAAAACAGUUUUCAGAAACAACUUUUAAAAACAGUUUUCAGAAGAAGAAAAUAGUUUGAAUGACAUGUUUUCGAACAUUUAGAAAACUGAUAUCUAAAAACUAAAAACUGUUUUGGUUUUUCAGUUUUUGAAAACAUCUUUUACCUGUUUUGGUUUUUUAGUUUUAAAAACUGAAAAUGAGUACCAAACAGGUUUUCAGUUUUUAAAAACUGAAAACUGUUUUGAAAACAGGAAACAAAUAGGCCCUAAGUCUUCCAAUGGUUGUACAUGUGCCCCUAUUGAUCUGGCAGGUCGGAGUAAAUUGUUAGGAGCCAACCAGAACAAAGAGGGAGUGCUUUGUUUCGUUUCUUGAGUAAGAAGCGAAGAGCCCAAAUUAUUCGUGGAACACAUUCAUCUCCGUUUUGUUGCAUUACUUUAGAGAAUGGAGUUUAUAUGAGAAGCUGACUUCCAAGUAGCAAGAGGGUUUAGUGGAAAAAAUAUUUGUGUGGGUCGGAGAUCAACUAGUGUGAGCUAUCAAAAAAUAGAGAGAUGGAAUCAUAUGAGUUCAUACCAUAGGCAAACACCUUAUCGUUUCCUCAUAGAUUCUCUCUUCUCUUCUUCUCAGUUCUUCAAUGUCUUUUCCAUCCACUGAUUCUCCCUCUUCCAGUAAAUUCAAUCUUCUUCUCAGUUCAAUCCUCCACCACCUUCCAUGGCUGCCGCUGCGUUUCGAUCCAACCCUCGAAGCUACAAGGAAACACCGACCAUCGCACUCUCGCAGCUGAGGUGCUUGCUGUGGCAGUUUAUAAUCACUACAAGAGAGUAUUUCAUGAAUCUUCAGUCAAGUCUAAGUGGUUGGCCUGCAGGAGAUUCAAGUGAUAAUGGUAAUAAAGCUGAAGCUAUUGAUGAUGAUGAUGAUAGAGUUGAACUUGAGAAAAGCAAUAUCCUUCUAAUGGGGCCAACAGGAUCAGGGAAGACGUUACUUGCCAAAACCUUGGCUCGGUUUGUAAAUGUUCCCUUUGUUAUUGCAGAUGCAACUACACUCACUCAGGCAAGUUAUGUUGGAGAAGAUGUGGAGUUCAUAUUAUACAAGCUCCUUCUGAUGAUGGAAUGUCGGUACCAGUCUGUUGAGAAGAGAAAAUCAGCUUCAACAGUAUGUCCUCCCUCCCUCUCCUCCUCCGCCAAAGUAAAAGGUGAAUCACUCACUACCACUGAAGGUGGCGCCGCUUCAUCAGGGUUGCAUUGAGAGGAUUCAGAAGGUGUUUCCUGCUAUCUGUUUCUAUUUAUGGGUAGGUUGGCUGAUGAACUUUAUGCUGAAAGUUUACAACUAUCAAAAUUAGAGCUAACAUCAACAAGUGCUCAUGAACAACAAAAUAAGUUAAAUGGGGAAAUAACUUGAAGCAGUAGGUUGGAGGACAAAUUUGAAUCAUUUCUUUUCAUCAGGUCAUUGCUAUUAUUGCAAGAUUGAGAAUGAGUAUGGGAAACAGAGUAAGCUACUUGGAUCUGCUGGCCAAAGUUCUGUGAGUUGUGCUGCAAAAUUGGUUGUUAACAUAGGGACUGUGGUUCCAUGGAUAAUGUGCAAGGAAAGUGAUGCACCAGAUCCAGUGGCAUCAUCCAACUUUACAACCAGCAGGUCCCAACUCUAUCCAAUCUGUUGUGGAAACUAGCAAAAGUAUGGAUUCAACAUUAAGUGCCAAUUGGACUGCUCAUAUGGCAAGCUAUCUAACAGAAACUCAGGU